AUGAGUGAUUUCGCUCAUUUUGGCGGCUCCGAGGAGGAGUACGCCGCAGUUCGCAAGCACAAUGCUGAUGUGGAGGCGAACCCGGACAGCUUCGAGCACUGGGAGGCCCUGAUCGCAGCUUGCGAAGCACUCGAGGGCGGCAUCAACCGCAACUCCAGCCCCGCCGCUCUCGAGACAUUUCGAGAUGCGUACGACCGCUUCCUUCACAAGUUCCCGCUUCUCUUUGGGUACUGGUCCAAGUAUGCAGAGUUCGAGUUUAGCAUCGCUGGACCCGAGUCUGCCGAGAUGGUUUAUGAGCGAGGCGUGGCCAGCGUCUCAAACUCAGUUGAUCUCUGGCUCGCGUACUGUAACUUCAAGACCGAGACCACACACGACCCCCAACUGGUCAGAGAACUAUUUGAGCGAGGCGCCAACGCUGUUGGACUCGACUUCAUGGCCCAUAUCUUCUGGGACAGAUAUAUCGACUAUGAAGGCCUCCAAGAAGCACAUGACCGAAUCUAUGCCCUUCAUGCCCGUGUGGUUCGCAUUCCUUUGCAUCAAUAUGCUCGAUACUAUGAGCGAUUUCGCGUUUUGGCCCUUGAGCGCCCUCUAACAGAGCUUGCAUCUGCAGACAUCAUCGCUAAAUUCCGAUCCGAAGUAGAGAGUGAAUACAAUGCGCGUGGGAUCGGCGAGCAAGCUGGGGAGGCCAUGGAACGUGAGAUCCGCACCAAAGUUGACGCAAUGUUCUACGAGAUCUUUGCCUCUACUCAAGGGGAAGUAGGCAAGAGAUGGACGUAUGAAUCGGAGAUUAAGCGUCCUUACUUUCACGUCACAGAACUUGACCAGCAGCAGCUUAGCAACUGGCAAAAGUAUCUGGACUUUGAGGAACAGGAGGGUGAUUUCGCUCGAAUCACCACCUUGUACGAGCGAUGCUUGACUACAUGCGCCCUUUACGAAGAAUUUUGGCUUCGCUAUGCCCGAUGGAUGUCUGGCCAAGAUGGCAAGGAAGAGGAAGUCCGUAACAUCUACAGACGAGCAUGCACCGUGUUUGUUCCAGUCAGCCGACCCGGAAUCCGCCUCCAGUGGGCUUACUUUGAGGAGGCUUUCGGCCGCGUCGACGUUGCACUUGCUAUCCACGAGGCCCUCUUGGACAAGAUUCCCGACUGCAUUGAGAUAGUUACAUCCUGGGCGAACGUUGCUCGCCGCCAGUCCGGCCUGGAGGCGGCGGUUCAAGUGUACAGGGAUCAGAUUGAUACCCCAACGGUUGACCUCUACACCAAAGCCGCUCUGGUAGCCGAAUGGGCUUACUUGCUUUGGAAGACAAACCGCUCCGCUGACGAAGCGCGGGCAGUCUUCUUGAAGAAUGUACAGUGGUAUGCUGAUAGCCGCAUCUUCUGGGAUCGAUGGUUUCAGUUCGAGUUGGAACAACCUGGAGAUGAAGACCAGGAGGAGCGUGUGGCCCACGUGUUUGAAGAUCUCCGCAACAAGAGUCGCCUGCCAACUGCUCUGAAGCUCGAGUACACGAAGCAAUACCUGGAAUUUCUCGUUCAACGCGGCAGCAAGGACGCGAUGAAGACCUACCUGCAGGUCGAUCGUGAGAUGUUCGGGCCAACUUCUGUCUCGUAUGCCUCGAGAUCCGGCACCAAUGCUAAGGAGAACGGUGCCAGCCGAGGCGAGCUGGAUGAGCAGUCGAUACGUAAGGCAACUGCCAAGUCUUUUGCCUUCUAUGAACUUUACGGAGAGCCUACUUCGGAUGCACAGAUCCCAACAGAUUUCAACUGA